AUGGCCAUCCAACCUCUCUCGAGCUUGACGACUUCGACACGAAGAAUGACUGGUGAAGUUCCUCCGGUCCUCGUAGGAGCAUCGACCACAGUCGUGGGUAACAGAGUAUAUCUUUUUGGCGGUCGUCUCGGCGCAACUCGACGAUUGACCUCUGACCUGUACGUCCUCGAUCUGCGUACUUCCGAGUGGAAGAAUAUCACACCCUCGGAGAGUGGCAGCGCUCCGCACGCCCCAGCCCCAAGAUACUUCCAUAGUGCGGACAGCUGGAACGGUUUUCUUGUUGUAUUUGGAGGAGUGGGAUACGGCUCGAACAACAAUUCCCCCGGCGUACUCAACGAUGUACGAUUCUUCUCACUUGUACAACACCGAUGGAUCCCAGCCGCUGAGACAAACCCCCUACCUCCCAAUGUGCCACCCCAUUCUUCUUGUAUUCCUACUCAUGACCCACUAAUUCCUCGACCGCGUUAUGCGCACAUCUCCUCAGUCACUGAUUCGAGAUUGUUCGUUAUCGGUGGACAAGACAUGCCCUCCCAAGACUGGCUUGAUGAUAUUCAUGUCUUUGAUCUCUUUCAAAAACGGUGGAUCGAGCGGAGAGAGUAUCCGCGACAUUGUGGGAUGUAUAGGAGCCUCGCCACCGCGCCGCAAACAGUGAUUCGUGACCCUGUUCGCGAAGGGGUUCCAACCAAAACAGAUGAGCUUGCAUUUUUCCCGGUGGGGAAGGCCACCUCCCCCAGCUACAGCGUGUUACCUCCCCACCCACCGCAAGGAAUCUCUGAUCGGCUCGUCUUUUGCCCAUACUCCGACGUACCAUCCUUAGAGCAUCCCGCUGAGAUUCAUUUGUACAGCAACUAUAACUUUUCCGAUGUUAAGCGCGAACUUGAAGUGUUUACGCCAACCGAGAAUUCGUUUUAUACCACGGACAGAUCCGAUAUGAUGAACGGAUCAUCCUUCCCACCCGGCCUCCGAUUUCCUACUGGAGCGAUCCUAGGAAAUCACCUCAUCAUCGCUGGGACUUAUCUGUCUCAGUCCUACCAGUGUUAUUCCAUAUGGGCACUUGACCUAAACGAAAUGACGUGGUCACGCAUUGAUACUGGAGCUGUUCUUGCAACUGGUUCCUGGACGCGUGGCAUAUUGUGGGGGGAUGCUAAUACGUAUGUCAUUUUUGGAAAUCCUUCGGGGAACAUGGUUGAGGACUAUAACCAUCGCAUCCUCAACUGGAGCCAUGCUGUGCACGUUGAACUUGAAACAUUUGGGAUUUAUACUUUCCCCACCCUUCAAACCCCUGUCAAAGGCCAAGUUCUUGGCCUUGACGCCUUGGAAGCUGAGCUUUUUGCCGAUUUUGAAAUCCUUUGCGAAGACGGGAGGAAAAUUAAAUGCUCUCGUAAACUUGUAGAAGAACGUUGGCCGUGGUUCAAGCGUCAGCGGAUCAACUAUGUCGAAGCUGCAAAGAAGGUCGUCUCGACGCAUAUCCUGACCGACAUUGAAGAUGUUCCUCUCCCAGACUCCUUACCUAAUGAACUCUUUGCCAACCCGGAAGACCGACCCGAUCCCAGGCUGACACCGAGGAUGUUGCGCCUCUCCGAACCGUAUCCGAUCACGAAGGCGUUGCUGCAGUACUUCUACUCUGGGAGCCUGAUCACUCCAUUGCAACACGCCCCCCUUGUACUCAGUGCCUUGCUCCUUCUCAGCAACAUUUACGAGUUGGCACACUUAGCUAAACUUGUGAAACAUGCCAUGCAUCAGACUCUUUCGCCAGCUACAAGUGUAGAUGUGUACGAAGUUGCCACAUUGUGCGACUCACAAAAUCUACAGAUUCGGGCUUUGCGCAUGGUGCUGGGUUCGAACAGGAAUGUGACUCAGCAAAGUGGGCAGGACUACUUGCGGUCUUACGCCGCACGAUUGAAGUUCACGUCUCAGGACAACAUACAAACAAUUUUUUACGGAACCAGAACGAAUGGACGGUGCACUAGCGCACAGUUAAAUCAGGAUCGCGAGAAAGAAACGCCAAUGCAGAGUUCGAACGCGAACAUUACAUGCCCGGAUGUAAUCCAUGUCGGAACGAAGGAUCCUAUGCAGCGAUGGAAUGACUCUGACACGAGAGGUCUCCCACCAACGGAUGCGAAGCUGCCGCCGGCCUCACGCCCAGAUUUCCAACUUAAACGGGAAGGUUCAUUGAUACCCACACGGGUGUCAUCAUUAUCACUGGCGGAGCCUGUGGUGCCUAACCCAAUGCACAAGCGAGCGUCGAUGAACCCGGCCAACCCAGGUAGUCUAAAACAGCGCCCGAACAAAAUCGCCUCCGGGCAACUAACCGAUCAGACUAAGAUGAUAAACUCUUGUGCUCAAAUCCGCCAGGAUGUGUCUCUGCCACCCUUCCCUCCUUUGGAUCGCACUGACCCCCAUACCUCCCCCCUCGAAUCUCACGCCUCCACGGAGGAGCCACCUCGGUUUCUCCUUAUGUCGCCCACUGAAUUUCCUCACAACGUAUCCUCUUUUGUUCAACCAUCUCGCGAAGUCUCUAGGCAGCAGAGUGCUGACACCCUUGGCUUGAGACAUUCGGCUAAAUCGUCCCGACCGAGAUCAUUGAGUGACGCAGGUCCCUCACGUCCAUACGCUGACGACUCUGUCCAGAGCAUCUCAUCACUCGCAACUAGCAUCGAAAGAACUCGGGACGUCGUCUUUAUUGAAACGGACGAUGCGGACCCCCCUCGCGCGGGCAAAGUCUCUCUCCCUCCAAAGGCACUCAAGAUACUCGGAAAUGACGACAUUCUGCCAACCCCUGACAGCUUCCUUUCUGAUACUCAUCCGGAUCAACACUACGCAGCAGAAGUUCAGUCUAUCUCUGGGACGAGCGGAUCCGGUCGGUCAACAACAACCCAAAAGAGCGGGAAAUGGAGUCGAUUGCUUUCACGAUCAACUGAUUGGUCUACCCCCGCAAAGAAAAAGAAACCCAAACAAAGCCUAUUCAAGGGCUCGUACCUCGCCACAGAGGGUCAUUACCAAUUCAUGUAG